GUGUACACUGAUAAAAAAAAAAUUUGAAAACCCUAAAUUAUCCACAUUUACUUCAGAGAAAGGGUCAAUUUUCUCUCUCAGUGAAUAUUAAGACUAGGGAGUCCUUCGAUUUUCUCUUUCUACAGUUACAUAUAUAUGUUGGUGACACCGUCUCUGUGUAUAACACACCGGAUUAAAGUAGGGAAGCAGUAGUAGAAGAAGAAGAUGAUUGCGGGGGAAAGUUCGGCGGCGGCGGCGGCGUCGAGCAGUAGAUCUGGAGGCGGCGGAGCCACGGCGGACUCGUACAUCGGCAGCUUGAUUAGUUUGACUUCGAAGAGUGAGAUUAGGUAUGAAGGCAUACUCUACAAUAUCAACACUGAAGAGUCCAGCAUCGGUUUGCGCAACGUGAGAUCAUUUGGAACCGAAGGACGGAAAAAGGACGGCCCACAAGUCCCUCCUAGCGACAAAAUUUAUGAAUACAUACUGUUUAGAGGAAGUGAUAUCAAGGAUUUACAAGUCAAAGCAUCUCCGCCAGUUCAAACAACACCACCGAUAAACAGCGAUCCUGCAAUUAUUCAGUCACAUUAUCCUCGUCCAGCAACUCCACCCACAAGCUUGCCUAGUGCUCCUACUGGAUCUUUAGCGGAUCUUGGUCCCCAUCCUGGUCAAAUGGGACUCCCUGGGUCAACUUUCCAGAGUGGUCUGCCUUUAUAUCAACCCGGAGGAAACUUGAAUUCGUGGGCUCCUCCUCCACCAAAUGCAAAUGCUAGUGGCUUACCUAUGCCUAUGUAUUGGCAGGGAUUCUAUGGCACACCUAAUGCUCUUCCUCAACUGUCUCAACAAUCACUGCUUCGACCACCUUCUGGUUUGCCAAUGCCUCCUUCUAUGCAGCAGAUGCAGUUUUCUGGUUUCAAUGCAUCAUUGCCGAUGGCAGCAUCGAACCUGCCCUAUCCUAAUUUUACGGAUCAAUACUCGUCCUUGGUUCCCAAUACGAGUUCUUCUAGUUUGACCCCUUCUUUUCCUGCUUCAAGUUUGUCUUUCAGUGUUCCGCCUUUGCAGCCUGUUUCACUAGCAUCUGAAACAACGAUCGAUUUGCUGUCAAACAAAGCUCCUAUCUCUGCUAUCCAUACAUCAACUCCUAGCUCUAGUUUGCCACCAUCAGCUCCGUAUGCUACUCCAGUUCCUGAUAAUUCGGGAAUAAAUCCAGUUGCUAGCAAACCCAGUGCAGUUCCUGGUCCAGCAGCCUUGUCACAGCCGAACAUACCUCAGCCAGUAACAUCUGUUGCUGGGGCACCUGGUUCGGUUAGUUCAGAAAUACUGACACAUUCACUUAUCACCCCGGGGCAUUUGCUGCAGUCUGGACCCUCCACUGCUUCUUCUCCACCUCAGCUUCUUCAAACAACACAGAAGGAUGUGGAGGUUGUUCAAGUGUCGCCGAAGCAAUUAUCAGAAUCAUCAGUCCCUGUAGUGACAGAAUCUCAACCACCAAUUUUACCCUUACCGCCCAAUGCUCGAGCUCAUAAGCCAAAUGGAGGUGCUUAUCACAUGCGUAACAAUUACAGAGGGCGUGGUGGAAGAGGACCUGGGAUUUUACGCCCUGUGACAAAAUUCACAGAAGACUUUGAUUUUACGGCUAUGAAUGAAAAAUUCAAAAAGGAUGAAGUUUGGGGUCAUCUGGGAAAAAGUAAUAGAUCCCAAUAUAAGGAUGGAGAAGGAAAUGAAAAUGCCAGUGACGAAGAAGAUGAACAAGACGAAUAUGUUGUCGAAUUGCCAAAUAUUGAGAUCAAGCCCAUUUACAAUAAGGAUGACUUCUUUGACACUCUUUCUUCCAACUCUGUCGGCAACGACCCUAAUCAUGGAAGGACAAGGUUCUCAGAGCAAAUGAAGUUAGACACAGAGACGUUUGGAGAUUUUCCAAGGUAUAGAGGUGGUGGUAGAGGAGGCCGUGCAUUUAAUCGUGGUGGUGGUGGAUUUCGUGGUUCCUAUAAUGGAAGAGGCUAUGGUGGCGGUGGUGGUGGUUAUGGCUAUUAUGCGGGUAGGGGGCGUGGCAGAGGUGUGCAGAAUCGUGCUCCCUAAAGCAGUAGAGAAUAUGGCUUGCUAUUAAUAGUAAGGUAAAAAAAAAACUAACUCCGAUCUUGUCUUGUGGUGACAGGAAUUGAUUAGGAGACUUACAUGUAAUGUCUGUGCAUUUUCUAUUUUCUUUUGUUUUGUGUAAUAAAAUUAGGAUCCGCGAUAGGUGUGUUUGAUCUCCUUCCUGGAUUUUUUCUUUUUUUUUUUGGAGGUUGAAAUAGAAGUUUCAUGUCAUCUCUGCUCUUGCAAUGGAGAUGAUGGUAGCUUAUAUUCCGUUUGCGCUUUUUACUUCUGUUAGAUUGUACUUUAAUGGAAGAAAUUUUAGUGAUUUUCUUCUGAAUGUUGUUAUUAAAGAGUAGUUAUGUGCUCUUGCAAAAAACCCGAAGAAAGUAUUAUUGAAUUUGAAUUUGUAGUUGUGUAUUCA